UUUCGGAAAAGACUUAGCAAAAUUUGUCACAAGAAAUGUUGGUACAAGCUUUUAAAUAACAACUAAAAAAAAAGGGGACAAUCAUGAAUGCACUGAAUGCCUUUGGAAUGGCUAUUGGUUGGAUGGACAUUGUGGGAGUGCUGUUCUUCGAACUGAUAAUGUUCUAUAUGAUGCGACGUCGUCGACUGGCCAAUGAAUCGGGAGACGUGGCGGUUGAAGCGGCAGUGGACAAUCAGAGGAACCCCUUGCCCAAUCUUUUCAGCAGGAAGCAGCUGAGUGAGAGUGAAAAUGGCUGGAUAUUUUGGGGCUACCUGUUGAUGCUGAAUGUCUGGGUGGCAGUUACGCUGCUCAUGAUAGCUGGCAUCUCGUUGCACAAGCCGGAGCUUAUGACGUUGUGGUUGAUUUGGUGCGCUUGUGGCUUGGUCUUCGAUGCCCUCUUCAUUUCGUGGUGGGUCUACGAACUAUUUGUGGGGGACGCCAUCGAGGCACUGACCAACAUUCUGAUAUCCCUGCUGACCAUGGCCAUUGAGUUCGGUUUCAUCUAUGUUAUCUAUACCAUCUACACGAACUUGUCGGAACCCACAGAAGAGGCUGACCACAAACUUAAAGACAGGUCAGGAUUUUCGCUGAUGAUGAUCUCAGAUCCCAGUCUAUACAUUUAAAUUUGUUUCUGUUACUUUGUCAAAUUUAAUAAAAAUUGUUUUAGAUUCCCAACUA